AUGGAGACUCGCAACAAGCUCCUGUUAAUCGCUUGUGCCACUUUCUCCAUUAUACAUCUUGUUAAGUCUCAAAGUCAACAAGGAUUCAUCAGUUUGGAUUGUGGAUUACCUUCUAACGAAUCUCCAUAUAACGAAAAAUUCACCAACUUAACAUACAUAUCUGAUGCCAAUUUCAUCCAAGGAGGAAAAACUGGUAAAAUUCAAAAUAACUCAGAGACAGACUUUGUCUCGAAGCCAAACAGGGUUUUGAGAUACUUUCCGGAUGGGAUAAGAAACUGCUAUAGUCUGAGUGUCACGCAGGACACAAAGUAUCUGAUCAGGACAGUGUUUGUAUACGGCAACUACGACGGUCUAAAUAUUCCUCCAAGAUUCGACCUUUAUCUUGGUCCUAAUAUUUGGACAUCCUUAGAUCUUAGAAACUCAGGUUUAGGUGCGACUGAGGAGAUCAUUCACAUCACAAGAUCUAACUCAGGUUUAGAUAUAUGUGUUGUUAAGACAGGAACAAGCACACCACUGAUAUCAUCCAUAGAACUAAGACCCUUGCCCUAUGAUACUUAUACUACUCGAACCGGUUCCUUGAAGAGUUUCGGGCACCUCUACUUCACCAAUUCAAACAAAAUUGUAAGGUAUGUACCAGCAAAAUAA